AUGGUUUCACAAUUGAGCAAGGAAGGUGCCCAGCAUAUUCCUAUCACAAGAGACAAUUCCACAAUUGAGUUCCGGAAUGUCAAUUUCAGCUAUGUGUCUGGCAAGCCCAUCUUUGACAAUCUUUCUCUGACUAUACCUGCAGGAAAGAAGAUAGCAAUUGUAGGAGGUUCUGGAUCUGGGAAGUCUUCGAUGAUCCGGUUGCUCUAUCGCUUUUUUGAGCCUACAUCUGGGGAUAUUUUCAUUGGAGGUGUCAACAUCAAGGACAUUGACUUGGACUGUUUGCGGAAAUCAAUAUCAAUUGUUCCACAGGACUCCGUGUUAUUUCACGAGACCAUCUUUUACAACCUCCACUAUGGGGACUUAUCUAAGAGCAAGGAGGAAGUAUUUGAGGCCUCCAAAAUGGCUGACCUCCACGACUCUGUCGCAAGAUGGCCUCAAGGAUAUGAUACCCAGGUUGGAGAGAGAGGUCUAAAACUGUCUGGAGGGGAGAAACAGAGAGUAGCCAUUGCCCGAGCAAUACUCAAGGGAGCUCCUGUACUAGUCUUUGACGAGGCUACUUCUUCUCUUGAUUCUAUCACUGAACACAACAUCCUGGAUGCUCUGCAACGAGCAACGGAGGGACGCACAUCUAUCUGUAUCGCUCACCGACUCUCUACAGUGAUGGAUGCUGAUGAGAUCUUGGUGCUGCAGAAUGGCCGACUCCAGGAGAGAGGCUCCCAUCAGCAGUUGCUGAACAAUCCUCACUCACUGUACUCUCGCAUGUGGAACAUGCAGCAUAACGGUUCUUCUGCUCGGGCCGCAAGCGCUAUUUAGUUGUACACGUACAAAUAUUGUUUCCUCCUGUCCUUUUACUGGGCAUCUCUUGUCUCUUCUUUAAAGUCAUUUCUUUUAAUUAGGUUUGAACAAAUUAUUUCAUUUAAUUCUACCAAUUGUUUGAUGUGUGUUUUAGUCUUAUUAAAAUCAUUACAAAA